AUGAAAGCUGGAUCCUCUAUGACCCUGAUAGCACCGCGACAUCUGGCUCCCGUGGAGAGAACAGCCGCCGACGUACGCCGAAGCCGGCCACCACCCCAGAAAGCUUCUCUUCUGCUGCUUUCGGGAUUCGAAAGAAAUGUUGCACUACGACUGCUCAAGCAAGGCCACACCGUCUCCGCUCCCUGUUACUCUGGCAUUAUUCUUUCCACUGCUGUUCUCAUGGUUGUCUGUGUUGUAGACGAUGAGCUAGCACCUCGUAUGAAACCGAACUCUGCUGGUGAACCUAGCAAAUUUAGCUAUCUAUACGGGUAUCCAUUCUUCUCAGCAGCAUUGUCAUUCCUUCCAGUACAAGUGUGCGCAUGUCUCCAAGCGUUUCUAUACUUCAGGUCAUGCAUUUAUGCAUUUGAGCACUUUUCUCUAGACAUCUAA